AUGAUCACGUUUACCCCGCUGUCGGGCGCUGCUCACUCUUCUCGCACCGUUCCACUCGCUUAUAUUCUCCAGGUCGACGAUGUUCGCAUCCUCCUUGAUUGUGGUUCACCAGAUUGGUGUCCAGAAAAUGCAUCUACUGGGAAGCAGGAGGAGCAUUCAUGGGAGAAGUAUUGUGAGGCGUUGGAGGACGCUGCUCCGAACGUCGACUUGGUUCUUUUGUCACACGGCGAUCUUGCGCACUCUGGACUAUACGCCUAUGCAUAUUCUCACUGGAAUCUAACUGCACCCGCCUAUACGACUCUUCCCGUACAAGCUAUGGCCCGUAUUGCUGCCACAGAAGAUGCGGAGGGAAUCCGUGACGAACAAGACGUUGGUGGACAAGACAAAGAGCAGCACAGUGCUUCCCCCGGUACAGAUGAGCCCUCAUCAGAUGACGCUUCCGGCAGUACAUCUGCACCUCGACCGCGCUCUGGAAAGUACAUACCAACACUGCAGGAAGUACACGACGCAUUCGAUUCGGUCAACGUCUUGCGGUACUCUCAGCCUUACCAUCUUCAAGGAAAGUGCCAGGGCAUCACUGUCAUCCCUUUCAACGCUGGACACACGCUUGGGGGCACCAUUUGGAAGAUCCGCUCACCGACUGCAGGGACGAUCCUCUACGCAGUCGACAUGAACCACAUGCGCGAGCGUCAUCUCGACGGAACGGUACUUAUCCGCCAGGCGUCUGCAGGUGGCGGCGUCUUCGAGAGCCUUGCCCGCCCAGACUUGCUCAUCACUGACGCGGAGCGUGCGGGAGUCACCACUGCGCGGCGGAAGGACCGAGAUGCUGCAUUACUCGACUGCGUCACCGCUACGCUCACUUCACGUAACUCGCUGCUGCUCCCGUGCGACUCGAGCACGCGCGUGCUUGAGCUCCUCGUGCUACUUGACCAGCACUGGAACUACUCACGCCUGAAGUAUCCAAUCUGCCUGCUCUCGCGCACGGGGCGCGAGAUGCUCACGUUCGUGCGCAGCAUGAUGGAAUGGCUCGGCGGGACGGUCAGCAAGGAGGAUGUCGGCGAGGAAGGCACGGGCCCUGCGGGAAGGAAGGGGACGAAACGGAGAAGGGACGAAGAUGGAGACGAAGAUGCUUUGGGCGCAUUUGCGCUGCGGUUCAGGCACCUAGAGUUCUUCCCGAGCCCACAAGCGCUCCUCCAGACCUAUUCCUCGAAAGAUCCGAAGCUAAUUCUCGCAGUUCCCGCCUCACUAUCGCACGGCCCUUCUCGCGCGUUGUUUUCCGAGUUCGCUGAAACCCCAGAUAAUGUUGUCCUCCUCACCGGGCGCAGCGAGGAAGGCACGCUCGGGCGGAUGCUUUUCGAUCGGUGGAACGACGCUCAACGGGAUGACUCGAAGUGGGAUCGCGGCAAGAUCGGCAACAACGUCAUGAUGGACGGUUCGUUGCGGCUGCAGAUGCAUGCGAAGGUACCUUUGCAGGGCGCAGAGCUCGAGGCCCACCUACAAAGGGAGCGGGCGGCGAAGGAGAAGGAGGCCGCACAUGAGGCCGCUCUGGCACGCAACCAGCGGCUGCUCGAGGCGGACGACGACGAGGAUAGCGACUCGGAUUCUGACGCCGAUUCUGACGAGGAGAACGAGGUGGAGCGCUCGCUGGGCGAGGACCUCAUGGACACCAAAGAGGAUUCUGUGGGUGCGCAAAGUCGUUCCGCAGAGAACGGGCGUGUGAAGCGCAAGACCACCAAGGGCGGUGCGGCGGACGGGGCGGACUGGGGUAUGGGCAUGGAUGCGGACGAAGGGCAACAGAUGCGGACGCUCUCGUUUGAUAUAUACCUGAAGGGCAAUGUCUCACGCGCGACGUCAUUUUUCAAGAGCGCGGAGGGUCAGACACAGCGGUUCCGCAUGUUCCCGUAUGUGGAGAAGAAGCGGCGUGUGGACGAGUACGGCGAGAUGCUGGAUGUGGGCAUGUGGCUACGCAAGGGAAAGGUGCUGGAGGAGGACGCGGAGAGCGAGGAGGUCAAGGAGUUGCGGAGGAAGGCAGAAGAGGAAGCUAAGAAAGUCCCAGUGGAACCGCCUUCAAAAUUCGUGAGCAAGGAUAUUGAAGUCCAGUUGGCGUGUCGCCUGUUUUUCGUGGACCUGGCAGGCUUGAACGAUGGGCGUGCAGUGAAAACGAUCGUGCCUCAAGUCCAUCCUAGAAAAAUGAUCGUCGUGCAUGCCCCAUCAAGCGCUACAAACAUACUUCUGGAGAGCUGUUCGAAGAUCCGCGCCAUGACACGAGAUAUCUAUGCCCCUGCCCAGGGCGAGAGUAUCCAGAUCGGACAGCACACGAACAGCUUUUCAAUAUCUCUCAGCGACGAGCUUCUCACAUCAAUAAAAAUGUCACAAUUUGAAGACAACGAAGUCGGCUACGUAACAGGCCGCAUCGCAAGUCUUGCAAGCUCUACGAUCCCCGUUCUCGAACCGGUGUCUGCAGCACCCCUUUCCUCUGAAUCCGAGCCCAGAAAGUCGGUUCAGAGACGUAUGCUCGGCUCACGUUCGGUAGCAACCCUAGCACAGUCUACUAUGAUUGGUGAGCUGAAGCUGACCGCACUGAAGAAGCGUCUCGCCGACGUGGGUGUCCAAGCGGAGCUCGUCGGCGAAGGUGUAUUGAUAUGCGGUGCGGCGGCGAAGAGAGGAAGCGCCCCGGACUCGCUCGAGGAUUCGGUCGCCGUAAAGAAGACUGCGCGGGGACGGGUCGAGCUGGAGGGAUCUGUGUCUCAUGUGUACUACGUCGUUCGCAGAGAGAUCUAUAAUCUGCAUGCCCUUGUUGCGGCGUAA